AUGAAUUAGAAAUAGGAAAAGAAAAUAGAUAAUAUCACUCUCUAAUGUAAUAAUUAUUCUGAAAAUAGAACUCAGAAGUAUGGUUGAAGAUGGUGCUGGAGAAUCACUUGCAGCUAGUUUGAAUUUAGAUUAAGAAGAUCUUAUAAGUAAAAAAUGUUGAUUGAGUUUAAAGUAUGGCCUUUGGAGUAGGUACAAAGAAACUUCAAAGACUUUAUGAGAUCAACUUCAUAGAUUGAUAUUGAAAUGGACAAUGCAAAAGAAAGAAUAGACUUUCCUGCUGAUAUGGAAUGGCCAACUGAAGAUGAUUUGGAAUAAAUGUUUCAAAAAUCUAUGAGCAAGUAAUUGUCAUUUUAAUUAUUAUUCAGAAUUCAAGGCCGUCAAAAUAAAAAGAAAUGGAAAGACAAUGAGAAAUAAUUUUUAACAUGGAUUAUAAUUAGAUAUUGUUUAUGGAAAAAUAAAGUUUGUAAAGAGCUAGUAUAUCAUUAUUUAUAUUUAGAAUGAUUUAGAUUGGAGAUACAUUGCUUAAUUGAUAGUUGGAAGGAAUGCAACUCAAUGUAAAUAUAAGUGGUUGGCUCGAUCUAAAUUUAAGCUUGUUUAAGUACCUUGGAGUAAAGAAGAAGAUGAAGCUUUGGCAUCAAUUUAUAUGGAAUAUUAAAAAUAAGGAAAACAUAGUAAAUGGAGUGAAAUUGCUAAAGAAAUUGCUUUAAGAUGCAAAACAUAAAUUGUCAGAUAAGGUAAAUAAUGUAGAGAAAGAUGGAUUAAUAAAUUAGAUCCACAAAUAUCAAAGUAAAUUAUAAUACUUAUAUUUUUAGAGGACCAUGGACUAAAGAAGAAGAAUUGACUUUGUUAUAAUUAAUUUUAAAGAAAGGUAAAAAAUGGUCAGAAAUUUCAAAAAUAAUGAAAAAUACACGAACAGAGAAUUCCUUAAAAAACAGAUAUCAUACUAUUAUGAAAAAAGAAAGAAAUAAAUAACCAGAAGUCAAAGAAGAAAUUCAAUAAGAAAUUGUAGAUCUAUUAUAAUAACAUAAUCAUAACUAUUAAGCUGAUAAUUUAGUUCAUUUAUAUGAAGAUAUUGAUCCAAAAGAAUUAAAAAUAAUACUUUAAGUUAUUGAUAGAUUAAGUGAAAGUACUGGUAAAUAGAUUAGAGUAAGUACAUUAAUUACUGAUUAAUAAAUGUAAUAAGAAUAAUUAUAUGAAAAAUAAUAAAAAGUCAAGUAAGAAAGUUAAAUAGAUUAAAUUCAAUAAAAAAAUGAAGAGGCAAAUAAUAAAUAAAGAUUUCUUGAUACUAUGGAAAAAAUCAAAAUUGAUUUAGAUCAAUAAAUUAAGAAAGUAAUGAAUAAAUAGGAAUUAGAUUAAAAUUGUACAAUAAAUCUUCUUAAAUAAAUUCUAAAACCAUAAGGUAUUAAACAAUAUUAAUUUAUUUAGAGAAUGAAACAAAUUAGUUGCAAUUUGAUUAAUACUACGAUUAAAUGAUCCUCAAUUUUUAAGCAAAUUAAGUAGAAUUUGAAGUUGAAGCCAUUACAAAUUUAACAGCUUAAGAUGUUGAAGAUUGUUAAUUUGGAAUUGUAGAUUUUGAAUAAUCUAACAUUUUUAUGAUUCCUUAAUAGUAUUUGUAAGAAGUUAUAAAUAAAGUUCAUGGUUCUUCAACAUAAGCUUAAGUAUAAUAGCAAUAAUAAUUAAUGCAACAUUAAUAAUAAUAAUAACAAUAAUAACAAUAAUAAUAAUAAUAAUAACAACAAUAAUAAUAACAAUAAUAAUAAUAAUAAUAGUUGUAAUAAUCAUAAAUAUAGUAAUAAUAAUAAUAAUAAUAAUAAUAACAAUAAAGAUUAACUAUUUCAUCAUCACUUAGGUAAUCCAUUCCUUAAUCAUAAUAAGCUUAACCUCUUUAAACAUCUUAAUUAUUUUUAGGAGAUCAAUUCAAUCUUGUCAAUAGUCAAUAUGAUUUUGAAAAUCAAUAAUAAUACUAAUAACAAAUACCUGUAUAAAUUCUCUACCCGUAGAUUAUUUAUUAACCUAUAGGCUAAUCUAUAAAUCUAUCGUAAGGUCUAUAGUAAAAUUAUUGGAUGUAGCAAUCUUAUUUUUAGCCUUAAUAUUACAUGAAGGCAUAAGAUUAGUAAUUUAACAAAUCAAAUCUAGAAGAACCUAAAUGA